CCGCGAGCCACCAGAUCUUUUUUUCACCCCUGCCUCUGCCUGCCUGCUGCUUCCGUCUCGCUUCCGGCUUCUCAGGCACGCCCCGACCAACCCCCGCCAUGGCGCUCGCUUCCGGCACCCUCCUCGGCCGCCCCGCCGGCACCGCGCGUCCCCACCUCGCGGUCUCCUCCUCCUCCUCCGCCCCGUCGAUCCGGUUCCCCCGCGGCGGCGGCGGCGGCGGCGGCAGGGCCGUCUCGCUCCGCGGCUCGUCCCCUCCAGCAGUAGCAGCAGCAGUAGCAGCAACAUCUGGUAGUAUUGCUCCAGCUAUUUCGUUGACCGAAAAGGCCUUGAAACAUCUGAACAAAAUGAGGGCUGAACAGAAUGAGGAUCUGUGUUUGAGAAUUGGAGUGAAACAGGGUGGCUGCUCUGGCAUGUCUUACACCAUGGAGUUUGAAAGUCGAGCGAAUGCCAGCCCUGAUGAUUCAGUUGUAGAAUAUGAUGGGUUCGCAAUAGUAUGUGAUCCAAAGAGCCUUCUCUUCAUGUUUGGAAUGGAGCUGGACUACAGCGACGCACUUAUCGGCGGUGGCUUCUCCUUCCAGAAUCCAAAUGCGACCAAAACCUGUGGGUGCGGCAAAUCUUUCGCGACCAGCAAAGAAACUGAGACCGCCGCAACUGCUUGCAACAACUAAGAUAGAUCCAUAAUCAUGCCAAGCAGUGUUGUACUAAGUUGUAACAUGCCAUAUAGCUUGCACCAGUUGGAUUCUGGUGGCUAUACCACGGUGCAUACAGAAGACCGUAAGGGUGACUCAAUUUGUAAAACUGCAUUCAACAGUCUAGUAUGUAUUCAGCAAUGGAGUCUGCAACAACUUAAUUUGUAAAACAA